AUCAAGCGUUUUAAUGAUAUUUAAACGUAAACAUAGUAGUAAAAGUUAAAUCAAUAAAUUUGCAAAAUAAAUCUGUCUGCUUGAACUGUCACUUAGAUGAGUUCAUAAGUGGUCCGAAUAGAGCAAUCGAGCGAAAUAUCCUAUAUCUCGAUUUCACCUUGACAAUUUUUGGUUGCUUAACUCUGAUCAUUUUGAAGUAUUUGAGACAAGAGCCACAAUUCGGACCUAGUCUGGAAUAGUUCACCCAGCUAUAUGUUUAAGUGUAUAUAAAUUUAUACAAAAAUUUUCCUAUUCAACGUCAAAAAAGUGUCGGUAGUGCGGAUUUUAACUGUGAAUUGAGUAAUAUUUUGUAAUCUAAAUAUAUGUCUAAGCAGUGCUGUUCGGCAAUUAUUCCACCAACGUAGUUAAGAAGAGGAAAUGAAUAAAAACAUCGUUAAAUAAUGACAAUAUCAAUGAAAGAACAGGACCUGAUGCCCGGGGAGAUUACGUUCCCUGAGGCCAAAUUAAAAGCACUUGAAGAAAAAAUAUCUCAUCCCAGAUGGGUGGUACCAGUGUUACCAGAGCAGGAAUUGGAGGUGCUUCUUAUUGCUGCAACCGAAUUGGCGGCGAGGGGUGAAGAUGAGAACAAUGAGGCUUGUCAAAGGUUCUACAACGAUGCGCUCACAGUCUCCUUUACAAAGAUCCUAACCGACGACGCUGUGUCCUCCUGGAAAAACAACAUCCAGCAAUGUGUGCGAUCCAAUUGCGAGAAAUUGGUCAAGCUGUGUGCGAUGAAAUUAAAUGAUCCUAGAUUCCUGCAUUUAUUGUCUAUGGCCUUUAACCCCAACAACAAAUUUCACACUUUUAAUGCAUCGCGAACCUGUGAAGGUUUGUCGACAAUUACCAACUUACCCACUGCUGGUCAAGGAUCAACACAGGAGCCCGAAGUAUUCAGUAGAUCGCAAGACCAUAGAACUCCCCGAGGAUGGCUGGUUCAUCUUAUCAAUGUAUUUGGUCACGCUGGCGGUUUUGUUAAACUGCGUGAACGGUUUGAAGAAAUAAUGGGUUUUCAAAAAUUGGAAAUAACAGCAUCUGUGAACACGGAAGAAAAAAUUUCGACAGAGACUACUGAAAAAGAUAAUGAUGAGAAGACAAAUAAUGAAACUACCCACACUGUCCCUAAUUCUCUUAUGAUCGCAGAACAUAGUGAGAUUUCUUCUGGUGUGAGGAGCGAGCAGCCCUCUUCACUGGAACAAUCCACCAGCGGCGAGACUCGCGUCGCCGCCGUGUGGCAGCUGCUGCGGCCUCUCGGUCUUUGUCACGACCUGUUAACUCCACACACAGUCACUACAUACCUCUUGCCUGUUCUGGAAUGUAUCCCUACUCUACUGGACAGCCUAACAGAUGAAGAACUGAAGAGAGAGGCGCGGGGAAGUGAGAAUAAGACUGACACGGUAUCCUGUUUAUUAAGGGCUUGCAAAUGCGUCUCAAUAAAGACCCCACAUCACCACAGUUUACUUAAAUCUUUAGAAAUGUUUCGCCUGAAAAUGAUACUUCGUUUGCUACAAAUGUCGUCAUUCAAUGGUAAAAUGUCGGCUCUCAAUGAAAUCAAUCAAUUAAUCAGUACCAUGUCCCAGCAACCCAAGCCGGAGUGGUUGACGCCUGCGGUGAUUACAACCUGGAUACGAGAAAACAAGGUAGUUGAUAUUGUCUUGCGGGACUCCCUCCACCAGCCACAGUACGUCGACCGACUGGAGAAGAUGCUUAGGUUUAUGAUAAAAGAAAACUCGUUGACUAGGGAGGACUUGGAUGCCAUAUGGAAAGCGCAGCACGGGAAACAUGAAGCAAUUGUAAAAAAUUUACACGACCUACUCGCAAAACUUGCUUGGGAUUUCACACCAGAUCAACUUGAUCAUCUUUUUGACUGUUUUAAGGCCAGUUGGGCAACGUCUAGUAAGAAGCAGAGUGACAAAUUAUUGGAAGUAAUUCGACGAUUAGCUGAGGAUGAUAAAGAUGGUGUUAUGGCAAACAAGGUUCUGGUACUCUUUUGGAAUUUGGCACAUUCGGACGAAGUAUGCACUGAAAUAAUGGAUGUGGCCUUAGCAAAUCUUAUAAAAAUUCUAGAUUAUAGUUGUAGUCAAGACCGUGACGCUCAGAAAACGCUUUGGUUAGACAAAUGCGUGGAGGAAUUAAAAAGUAACGAAAGAUGGGUACUGCCAGCAUUGAAGAUGAUGCGCGAGAUCUGCUGCCUGUACGAGGCGGGAGCGGGCAGCGGCGUGCGGCCGCACGUGACGCGGCAGGAGCUCAUCGACCGGCUGCAGACGCAGCACUCGCUCGUCAUCCUCGUCACUGACUCGCUCACCAAUUACAUGGACGGAGUGCGGGCUAAGCUUGCCGGGGAAGGGGAAAUAGACUGGGAAAACUGGUUGCCCGAUGGCAGGUAUGCCCAUGCGGCGCAAGUUCAGGAAAGGCUUAGUUUUUUACGGUUCCUGCUCAAAGAUGGACAGCUGUGGCUUUGUGCGGAACAGGCUAAACAAAUAUGGUCGUGUCUGGCGGAGAGGCCGGCGCACCUAGGAGACCGUGAAGCCUGCUUUCGUUGGUUCAGCAAACUGAUGGGCGAGGAGCCUGAUCUAGACCCUAAUAUUAAUUUGCAUUUUUUUCGUCGAAAUAUCAUGACUUUAUCUCCAAAUUUAUUAACACAUGCUGGUAUAAAGUGUUUCGAAAGAUUCUUCAAAGCAGUAAAUUCAAAAGAAGGAAAGCUCCGCGUGAAACGACGGAGCUUCCUGCUUAACGAUGCUGAUCUCAUAGGGUUAGAUUAUUUGUGGAGGGUGAUAACGGAGUGCGAAGACGAGAUCUCCGCGCGUGGGAUCGAGCUGCUGCGCGAAGUGUGCACGUGCGUCAGCGGCGCAGUGGCGCCCGCGACGCACCACGAGGCUUUCCUCACGCAGUGCUGCGCGCGCACGCAGCGCCUUCAGGCGGAUAUCAACCUCAACGAAGAUGCGACUGAAAGUUGUACUAGAAUGUGUAGAGUCCUUCGUGCCAUACAGGAAUAUAUAAAUGAAUGUGAUAGAAGGUUUUCAGCAGAGAGGCAAAUAUUACCGAUGUAUAGAUCGGGUAGGGGCCGACAAUGUACCAUUAUAGUCAGAUUUAAUUUUCAAACUGGCCAAAGACAACUCGACGAUAUCGAGGUAUUUUCACACUUUAACGAGGCUUUAUACUCGUUGCGAGCGGCAAUCCAAAGAAGGUUAAAAUGUGCUUCAGAUACUAAUACAAAGUUAGAAUUGUUUGUAAAUAAGGUAGAACUAUAUUUAAAUGGCGAACUCUUGGAUUCGUCCCACGAUCGUAAAAUUCUUUCUCAAAUUCCUGUCCGUGACAAAACUGUGAUCGUCGCCAAAGUGUAUGACGGACACCUGCCCACGUGCGGCAGCGACUCGAGCAGCGACUCCAGCACGUCGUCGCCGCCCGCGCCGCCCACGCCUGAGCACGCCUUGCCCGGAGUGCUUUUCGCGCAAGGUACUUGGUAUAUACCAUUCAUAUUGGAACUGGAACAUAUUGGCGUUAUGAAAAAACAUCCCCAAUUAAUGGAAGCUGCUCAUCUACUCUCCCAGAUUUGCCCGGGACAUAAACUUACGGUAGAUAAACUGACAGAAGCUUUACUCAGUCGCGAGGAUGCCAAGUUAAGGGACUUGCUAUACGGGCUUGCGCCGCCCACAGUCGCGUACAACGUUGAGGUGCUGUACAGUAUGGUGAUGCCGUCGUCGGACACCAGGCUAGAUCGCAGUCGGAGUUUCCAACUCGCCUGUGUUAAAAAGGCGCCAUUAUUAAUUCAGUGCUUGUCUGACAAGGACUUUCUACAAGGAGCUUCGUCUCACACAAGAAGGGUGGGCUAUUUAUCUUUAGUCAGAUUGGGUAAACUAGUCUUAUACACAUUGGGCCACCUCUUCGAAAUAUUGGCUCCGGAUGGUUCAGAUACAUCAGUUGACAAAGACUUUAGAAUGGACGUAACGAUUUUACGCGAAGCACUUCAAACAGUGCCCAGUCACAACUGCGAAUUGAUAGUGAAAGCGAUUGCCGAGAAACUGGCCAACACUCUGGGCGAGCAGGUGGUGAAUAGUACAGAAGACAGCGACGUAGUGUCUUCGUUGGUGUGGUGGUGCGUACCCACGACGGCCACAGUGCGCGCUCUCUACGGGCUGGCCUUCUCCGUCGCGCAGCCCGCCGACGCCAACAGCGCUGUUCAUCCCGACGACGUCACAUUGGUACGAGAGUGUAUGGAGGUAGUCACAAUAUGCCUGGCUCUUGGCGGAGGGAGACUGGAAGCUUUAUUGAACGAACCAUGGUGGCAAGAUACGGCGUUGUACUUGAUGAUUGACUGUCCGAAUCCUCAGGUGCGCGUGUCGUGCGCGGAGCAGCUGUUAUCAAUGUGCGCGUGGGGCGGGGGCGGCGGCGCGCGCGCCGCGCUGGAGGCGCUCGGCGGCGUGGUGGGCGAGCCGGGCGGCUCGCGUCUGCAGCGCCACGCGCGCCACGCCCAACAGUUCCUGCAGCUGCUUUGCAGGCUCGUCUCGCUCGCCGGACCGACAUCCAGGACGCUCGAAGACCUCGCUAUUGAAGUGGCGUGGUUGAGAUCAGUGCGAGCGAAUCCAGAAAUACUCGAUGAUACGCUACUGGAGGGACACCUGAAUUUAACCAAAGAAUUAUUUACACAUGUUCCGGCACAAGUCAAGUACCAAUAUGGAGCGCAUCCUGAACACAAGGAUAGAGGUCUAAUUAGGGAAGUGACAACAGAAUUCCUGUGGCCGUACUCUUGGGCAUGGUGCCGCAUGGGAGACGGCGACAGCUCCGGCGGGGACUCGGGCGAGCCAGCGCCGCCGCUGUGCCGGUCGCCCGGCGCCGCCGCCGCCGCCACCGAGCUGCUGCUCGCGCUGGUGCACGGCUGCGUGCCCAACAUGGCCGAGCUGGCACAUUUACUCGAGCUCAUGUUUUAUAGUGACAAAAACGUGCCGCUGGUGGAGUGGGAGUAUAUGCCGUGCGUCGGGCCGCGGCCGGCGGCGGGGCUGGCGGGGCUCAAGAACGCCGGCGCCACCUGCUACAUGAACUCGGUGCUGCAGCAGCUCUACUGCGUGCGCGACGUGCGCGACGCGAUACUCACCGUCCAAGGAGCAGCAACCGAUCCUAACGAAGAUUUCUCUGGGGAGAAUCAACACUCUAUUGUAGAAAAAGUAGAGACUGCUGGCGACUACAACAUCACAAUCUUGAAACAAGUCCAAGCUAUAUUCGCACAUUUGCAUUUCAGUAAACUGCAAUAUUAUGUGCCAAGAGGGUUGUGGGCUCAUUUUAGACUUCAAGGCGAGCCAGUAAAUCUCCGAGAACAACAAGAUGCUGUAGAAUUUUUCAUGUCCCUUGUGGAAUCAUUAGAUGAAGCUUUGAAAUCAUUGGGACAAGAACAACUGAUGGCCAAAACAUUAGGCGGUACUUACUCAGAUCAAAAAAUCUGUAAAGGAUGCCCACACAGGUACUGCAAAGAAGAACCUUUCAGUGUAGUGUCUUUAGACAUAAGAAAUAUGUCACGGCUUCAGGAAUCUUUAGAAGCAUAUGUGCGAGGCGAACUUUUAGAAGGCGCUGAUGCUUACCACUGUGAUAAGUGCAAUAAGAAGGUUGUAACCGUAAAAAGGUUAUGUUUAAACAAAUUACCCCCAGUUCUAGUCAUACAACUUAAAAGGUUCGAAUACGACUUCGAAAAAGUUUGCGCUAUCAAAUUUAACGAUUACUUUGAAUUUCCGAGGGAAUUGGAUGUUGAGCCGUAUACAGCUCGAGGCCUAGCACGCGCGGAGGGCGACGCCUCUCUCUGGGAGGGAGGUGAAGAACGGUCGCCCGAGACCCACUAUCAGCUGAGCGGCAUUGUAGUGCACUCUGGACAAGCAUCCGGGGGCCACUAUUAUUCAUAUGUGCUCUUACGAGAUAACGGCAGUGAAACAGGACGGUGGGUGAAACUAGACGACGGCGACGUGACCGAGUGCGCGAUGCACGACGACGAGGAGAUGAAGGCGCAGUGCUUCGGCGGAGAGUACACGGGCGAGAUAUUUGAUCCGAUGUUAAAGAGGGUCUCAUAUAAACGCCAAAAGAGAUGGUGGAAUGCAUAUAUACUAUUCUACACGAGGAAAGACACGAUUGAAAAUACUAGUCUUGUGCAGUCAAUGAGAAAUAUGAAUUUCAAGGAAAGUGCAAUUCCUCGACCUAUUUGGUUGUCAGUCCGUCGCAGCAAUAUUGCUUUUUCUCACAAUCAAGAUCAAUUUAGUUUGGAGCAUUUCAACUUUAUGAAAAAGCUGUGUUUCUUGAGGUUACAAGUGCCGCCGGGUACGACAAAUGCUAUAUGGGGCCCAGAACACGAAGAGAUGUCGAUGCUCACAGUACAGCUAGCAACAAAAUUCUUGUUCCAAGUUGGGUUUCAUACAAAGAAGACUCUUCGAGGGCCUGCGUCAGAUUGGCACGACAUAUUAUGUCAGCACCUACGAUGUUCCCAAGUAGUCAGGUCAUGGUUUGCGACAGAUCUCUUCAAGCAUCCUCACAGAUUAUGCGACUAUUUACUGUCGUGUCCAUCUGCUGAAGUACGAGUAGUGUUCAUGAAAAUAAUUGUGCUCCUGGCUCACUUCUCAAUCCAAGACCCACCCGUGAACAGCGGCUACGGGUCGUGGGCGUCGCGCGACGAGGUGACGUCGCUGUCGGACCAGGUGCUGACGGCGGCGCGCGCGCUGGCCGCGCCGCACCACGCCGACUCGCAGGCGCACCGCCACCUGCCCCUGCUCUUCAAUCUGUUCCACGCCUACUCCGUGCUCGGCAUCAACGAGCGGCAUCAGCUUUUACGGUUACGAAUACUGGACAUUGUUUUGUCCGUAUGCAUGGAUGAUUCAUCAUCGUCACUGGGAAAAUACCAAUAUCCUGAGUCUGCAAAGAUACACCAGCUAGUGUCACUGCUGGUGCGGUGUUGCGACGUGAGCGCGCGCUGCCAGUCUGCGAAUGUGGCGGAGGGCGCGCCCCCGCUGCCCAACCCCUUCUGCGACCCGCCCCCCACCGUCACCGCCGCCUCCAACGUGCACAGGCCACUCCUCUCCGCUCCCGCUGCUGACAUACUGUAUAACAGGACUGGGACUUAUAUGAAGAAAUUGACAGAAGAGUGUUGCGUGUGCGAGGAGAGCAUACGAUUGCUGCAGUUCCUGUGCUGGGAGCACGCGGGUUGGUCGCGCAUGGCGCUGGCCGAGCUGCUGUGGCAGAUGGCGUACGCGUACUGCCACGAACUGCGCCGCCAUUCGGACGCGCUCACCGCGCUGCUGCUCAUGGAGGACAGCUGGCAGCAGCACCGCAUACACAAUGUCAUCAAGGGCGUUUCUGAAGAGCGGCCAGGGCUGCUGGAGACGGCGUCGCGCGCGCGUGGCCAUUACCAGAAGCGCGCGUACGCGUGCGUGAAGCUGGUGGUGGGCGUGAUGUGCCGCGCGCCCAGCGCCGUGCGAGCCGUCCACGCGCAGCCGGAGGCGCGCCGGCGCUGGCGGCAGCUGCUCGCUUGGCUGCAGGAUGAGCUCGACCGCAAAUAUGGACCUGGAGGUUACGGGUCGUAUGGCACGUGGUCACCGCCGGGUACAUCCAAUGAAACAUCCAGUGGAUAUUUCCUAGAAAGAAGCAAUUCGGCUCGAAAAACGCUUGAAAAAGCUUACCAGUUGUACCCGGAGGAUGAAGACGAAGAAGAGGAAUCUCGAGAGAACGUGGAGGGCGAGGUAGAGGUGGUACCAGGCACGGAGAGUGGCGACGAAGAACCUGCGGUCGACGUAGAAGCGGGGUCGCCGUCCGCGCCCGUGGCGCCACCCGUGCCCUCCGCCGCGCCCGCGUCCCCCGUGUCACCCACCUCGCCCUGGGCCCCGCCCGCGCUCGACGCGCCCGACUCGCUCGCCGCGCACCCCGCGCCGGCCGCCACGGUGCCGCCGCUCGCGCCGGCCGCCACGGUGCCGCCGCUCGCGCCGGCCGGCCCGUCCGCCCGCGACCCGCACGCGGCUAUUUGAGCUCCGCCUCUGCUGCCGCGCGGAUCGGAGUCGCCGCCGCCGCCGCCGCUGCCUCCGCGGAAGCCGUCCUCGAAUCGCCGACCGCCUCCUCCGGUUCCCCGUCGAACGGCUUCGCCCGUCCGCGAACUACAAGUAUUUAUUUUGCUUCUACAGAUUUUGUACAUAGCCGCGGGGACGGCUCGACCUACGCGUCCGUAGUGGUCUCGGACCCCAGGAUAAUAUGCUUAGCCGUAGCUUCGUUCUGUGAUGUUAACGAUAUGUGUAAAGUUCGUUCAAAAGGGCAUUUAUAAUUAAGUAUUAAAACAGAUAUUGUUUCUCGCCCUGAAAUGUACAGAAGGUGUCACCCAAACGACCAGUCGAGUUGUUCACGAAGUGAUCAUCGCCGUUUACGCAUUUAGCAUUGUCGUCGUCGAGGUGACACUUUAAUUUUUGUUAUUUAACGUCGCGCUUAUAAAGUACCAUAGUAUUUAUUACUCUCUAAUUAAGGUUAUAAUUAUUCAUUUUUUUUGCUUUCAUAUUGACCUACGUGUAUUAUAUUAUUAUCUUAAUUUAAUGUAAAGUUGAAUAAUUUCAAUGUCUAGAUUUAAUGGAAAAUUGUCUACAGUGGAUUCAAACAUUAUUAAAAAUAAACAUUCAGAGUGUGUGUGCUUACAGAUAUUACCGGGUUAUGGUAUAAAUCUUACACUUAAUAUGAUUUUGGCACUCUUAUUAUCAUUUAUCGCUUAUGGUCCUAUAUAUUAUCACUUAUAUUUGUACCGAAUAAAUGUCUGGAUCACAAAAUAUUUAUGUUUCAAACUGCUGAAUCAUGUUUACAAUAUAAUUCUGGAAUCCAACGUACUUGAAAUGUUAAAACUUCAAUUUAAUCUCAAGGGACAUUAUGUGUAGGCCACUUAAAUUUAAGUGAUAGUCAGUCUGCUUUCCUUUGAAUUGCCGAACUACAUAACUUUACAACCUAUGUGGAUACACCAGAUUGCCAAGAUCUUUCAAUUUUAUAAAGCCUGAUGUAGUGUGAGUUUGGUAUACCUGACAUCUAUAAAACGGGAAUGUGGAUUGUAAAUGUGUUUUUUUAAAGGACGAGGAAAGCAAAGUUAAAAUAUCAAUUUUGCUCGCCUUAUACUUUAAAUAUGUUUAAUAGCAGAUUUACUCAAUUUAGAUAUUGAUAGUUCAAGGGAUUUUUUUAAAAUUAUAUACUAAGAUACCCUAACAGCCGCAUGAGGGCACACCUCUUCCAAUUUGUACUGCUUUCAUAUUCCCUAAGUAAUAGAAACAGGUACACAUACACAAUUGAGCAUAAUGUAAUGAGCCCAAAAAAUCGCUUUCAAUCAUGCAGCAUGAUCUAUACCAGCAGCACGUAGUUACGGCACAUAAAAGAUAAAAUUUAUCAAACAUACGACAACAAAACUAUUGGUCAUUAAUUAAUUCUUCAGCGAUUUUUACGUCAUCGUCCAGCUUAGCUUGACAAUCCUCUUCCUACUCUAUGUGCAAUUUUAAACUUAUUGAUGCCCGAUAAGCUUGUCUGAGUGAAAGCAUGCCGUAGACGAUGAAGAUAAAUGAUUGCAGGUAUGAUCAAAAAGGUUGCAGAUUACUAGCCAUAGCCAUAAUACAUUGUGUAAUUCUGUGGACACCUUUCCGAUGGGUAAUUCCAGAAAGGAAAAAUAAUUAUUUAAUUUUACCUAUUUCGACCGUACCUAGUCCUUGAUUCAAUGUGGUUAAAAUACCUAAUGCUGUCAUUUAUUAGAUAAUAACAGCCGGGAAUUCUAACGUAUAUUUCCAGUUGACUGGGUACGAAAAAAACAACUGUUAUAUAUUUUUUAUUUUUAAAUGACUUGUUUAUUAGUUGUAUAUAUUUUUGACAUUAUUGUGAUUAAAAUUAGAAAUUGUACGUAUUGUGUCGUUUUAAAACAUAUCUAAUCUGGUUCUUGCAUUAUAUUUGAUUGAAAAUUUGGGGUUUAAUAUUAGCAAUCCGAUAAGCUUUUAAUAGAUAAUACUGAUUACCAACAGAGCUACAUAGCUGUACGUAGCGUAAACUCGCUCGACGUUGCCUACCAUGCUAAACAUUGUCUAGCAUAAAAAUCAUUGUUUCUCUACGAAACUACUGUAUUCAUGGUAUCCUCCUAAUAUUAUAAAUGCAAAAGUAAUGCUGUCUGUCUGCUACCUCUUCACUUAUAAACUGCUCAACCGAUUUAGAUGACAAUACAUUUAGUAAAUAUAUUAAGUUGAGGGCCGGCAAAGUACAGGAGUGUUUGUCAAUCAUCAUCAUUCGAAGUCAGAAGCUAGUUCAUAAUUAUGCGAGAAAGGCGACCUUGCCUUUACUAGAAAUUAGAUAACGUCAACUGUUUCGUGAAGAAUUACUGUAUUUACUAGGAUUACUAGAAGAGGUAUUUUAAAGGCCGGGAAACAACAUAUAAGGUGCUAACAAAUAAGUUACCGAUAUUAUAAGAGAUGGUACUUUACAUUAAAACAAUUAAUUUUUAAUAGAAAUCAAAAAAACUUCUUUUUUAUUUUUGUAUUUACCGAACAAAACAAUAAAUUAUAAUGAUUUGCAUUUCACUGACAAGAUGUUUAUCACAUGAACAAUUGUUUGUCUUAAAUGUCAUUAUCAACAUGUCAUUUGAUUUAUCAACGUGAAGUGGCCGGUUAAGUGUUAGGUAAAAGAGGUUCUAGAAUCUGUUCAAUGUUUAACAUGUUGUUUUUGCGUAGCAAAAUUUGUUUUCCAAAUUUCUCCAAUAUAACAUCAUAAAACCUUGUAAUAAUUUUUCAUGAUUACAUAUCCUUCAGGAGCCGAGCCCGCUAUCAGCUGUAAAAAUAUUGGUAACUAAUUUUGUAGGACCUUAUUAUACCUCUGUCCUUCGCAGCAGAAAGUAAGUGUCAGAAAACUCGGAGGUUCGUUGUUGUCGACCAAUCAGCAAUCAACAAAUUUAAAAUAAAAACGUGGCAUUUUUAAACAUUGGACUGAUGAUUCAGAUGGACUAUUUGCUACUUUCCAGACUUGAUUUAGACCUAUACAUUGUCACAUUUCCAAGCAAUUGUGUGAAAAAGUUUAUUUUAUUUUCGUUUACAUUUGGUUUGCAUUAAAUUAUGGCUGCUAAAAAUUGGCAUGCGCACGUUACCUGCGCACAAAAUAUGCAUGACAAAUAUUUAUCAAUUUAAUUAGAAACAGUAAGCAGUAGCAUUCAGAAACUUAGAUAAAGCGUUAGUCUGGUUGUAGUGUAGACGUCCGGUGUUUUCGCCGGUUCGGCAACGAUGUGUAGCUGUCAGUAGCCACAUACAAAACUAGACGUGGCAUGGUCGCGUAGCACGGUCUGGUUUUCGGCGAAAACACCAGACAUCUACAACCAGCCUUAAGAGUUCCUGGUGGGAAUUUAGAUAACUUUAAUGUUUACAUGGUCUUACUACUCGACUAAUAUUUACCAUUGAUGGUAUAUAAUACUAGACUAUCAUUAAUCUGCUUAGUUAGCUGUAUACAAAGAUCACAUAAAUCGUGAAAUUCGUAUUGGAAUCGCUGUAGAAUCGGCAUCUUGAGCAAAAUGUGACAUUGGAGUGAAGGGGUAUAAUAUAGCCGUGUAACCUUUUUUCCAGUAAACGACGACAGACUUGUUAAUGGGCUGUUUGUGUUAACAGUACGAGUAACUUACAUGUUUAGCGCAUCAUUUAUUACAGCCCACCAACGCAAUGCCUACAAUAAAUACAAUAUGGCAAAUGCUUAGGGAUAUUUCAAAAAUGACUGCUAUGACUAUGACCCCUGACAUCAUGGUAAAAGUUAAUCCUUGAAUGACUAAAGAAUAAUUAGUUUAAAUCUCAUACAAUAUAGGUACUAAGUAUUGUAAAUGACUAGUCGUACAGGAAACGUUUUGCCACUGUCAUUGUUCUGCUUUGUUAUAAGUUUAAUAAUUAGUAGGUAAAUUAAUUUUGGUUUAACAAUUUUUCCUCUUAUUCUCUCACUCUACCUAGUGAUAUAACUUUAACAUCGCCUUUGGGUAUCAGGGCAAAUGGUAUGUACGUUAGUGUGUUUAUAAUAUAUACAGAUGAAUACAACUUCAUGUCAUUAGUCCACAGUCAGGUGACAGAACCACACAUUUUUAUCUCUUAAUGUGUUAUUAUUUUUUGUAAGUAAACAUUUUGUAAUACAGUAACAGUUGUAUUGAAAUGUAAUUUUAGUCUUGUUGACUGUGUGCCUUAUUUAAUAUUCGGUUUCGGUUGCUAAACUUUUGUUAUUUGGUAGCCUGUGAAUUAUUAUAUUUGGAGCCAUCACUUUUUUCGCUUUUACUAUUAGUGCAAACGGAAUAGAACAAACCUCGAAAUCUCUUGGACAGUCCUGAAAUUUGGUAUGUAUGUAAAUUAAAGGCCCCUUAUUCAUGUCCAUACCAUUUGACAUUUGGGGAUCUCGAGGAAUCGCAGCCAUCUUUGAAAAUGUGUACCAUCCUGGAGAAAUUCGCGUUUUACUCAAAAUCUACGUUAUCUAGGAAAAUAUGGUGUAAGACAACAUUAAAGCUUGUUAAAUUCUACAUAAAAACGUAGAUAUAUUAGCGAAAAAAUAUAUCUUGUUAUAGAAAAUACUUGCUGAUUGUAGGUUUAGCGCUUAUACGCUUCGAGGGGACAUUCUUUUAAUAGGAAACUCGGAGGAAUAUGAAUUUCGCUUUUGUGUAUACAUUUUUACAGGACCUGUUUUCACUUGUUAAUUAAAGAAAAAUCAGUAGAGCCGCCUUGAGAGGACUCCGAAUAUUGAAUUAUAUUUUUUCGUUUUGAGUAAAACGCAAUUUUUUCCAGGAUGGUACAUAUUUUCCAAGAUGGCUGCUAUUCCUCGAGGUCCGCAAAUAUCAAAUGGUGUGGACAUGAAAAGGGGGCCUUUAAUUUACAUACAUACCAAAUUUCAGGACUGUUCCAGAGAUUUCGAGGUCUGUUCUAUUCCGAUUGUGCUAUAUUCUGGCCAUGUUUUGUUGGCAUCCAAACAUGUUCGUUGAAAUAUCAAAUGGGUUGAUGAUGGAUUGCUUCAGUAACGCAUAGUAUUUAUCUGUUUUGACAGGAAUAUAACUGUUUAUGUAAUUAAUAUCUGGAAAGCUGUUCGUUUUAAACCAAAGAUCGAAAUACUACACACUUAGAUUAAGGGUAUAUACGGUGACCCUUUUUAAUAGUUAAACAAUUGAACUGUUUUGUAUUUUUUAUAGAAAGUGUGCGUUAUCAAUGAUUUGUUGAAUGGAAUAAAAUGUGAUUGAUCUUAGGCUUAGAUAGGAGAUAUAGUACAUGUAUGUAGAAAUCAAUGCGAAGUCUAGCAUUUACAAUAAACGAGCGAUACCUAACUUUUGCGAGUUUCAACACACUUUGUAAAUUAAAAAUUACAUUGUGUAAGUGAAUAAACGUAAACGAGUUUGAAACUCGUGAAUGGUCUCGCCUAGUAGAAAUUAAACUAGUGACCAAGGGUCCUAACAGUUUGCUGAUAAAUGUUCUAGAAAUGCCAUGCUACGAUUCUAUGAGCAUUGAUCAAAGUCGCAGUGCUGAGGCAAACUUUACUUGGUAUAUUAUAUAAAUAUUUUAAUUUGCUUUAUUUUUAUAUGUACCUUAGGCCGCGAAGCUGUGCUAGCUAGUGUCGUCUGAACAGUGUAAAAUGACUUAACUAAUAGACUUACUAUAAGAACAGUUGAGUUUUAUAUAACAUUUCUAUGGCAAAUAUGUAACGAAUAACAUUUGAAAUUAUUAAAGAAUGUUUAAGAACAGCAUUCUUACAGAUAUUAUAAUAUUAAAAAUCAAGAAUUAAAAUUAAUUAAAUUUUA